ACAAAGCUCCGCCGCCGCCUGCUCCUCCCUGUCCUCGCGGCGCGCUGCGGCCCGUCGUGCGGCCCCGCCCCCGAGGCCCUCGGCGCCGCCUCGCCCGGCCGGCCUCCUUCCCCGUCCGGAGCCGCGCGUGAGGACGGCUGAGGCCGCAGGAGUGCUUGGAAGAACAAUGCGUGUGAGUCUUUGACAUGAUGAUAUCCAUCCGGCAGAGAAAAGAAAUAAAAACCACAGAAGUUUCUGAGCAUUUUCCAGUACAAGAAGAAAAUGUGAAGUUGGAAAAUAAAGUGCCAUCUGGUUGUACCAGUAGAAGAUUAUGGAAGAUUGUAUCAUUUACAGUUGGUGGAACCGUUGCCCUUUGCAUGGGACUUCUCACGUCUGUCUACCUUGCCACGUUACAUGAGAAUGAUUUGUGGUUUUCUAAUAUUAAGGAAGUGGAGCGAGAAAUCUCAUUCAGGACGGAAUGUGGACUGUAUUACUCCUACUACAAGCAAAUGCUACAGGCGCCAACCCUUGUACAAGGUUUUCAUGGCUUAAUAUAUGAUAAUAAAACUGAAUCCAUGCGGACAAUUAACCUCCUUCAACGAAUGAAUAUUUACCAAGAGGUUUUUCUCAGUAUUUUGUAUAGAGUUCUACCCAUACAGAAAUAUUUAGAGCCAGUUUAUUUUUAUAUUUAUACCUUAUUUGGGCUGCAGGCAAUUUACGUGACAGCUCUUUAUGUCACCAGCUGGCUCCUUAGUGGUACCUGGCUCUCAGGACUGUUAGCAGCCCUCUGGUACGUCGCAAACAGAAUAGAUACCACAAGAGUUGAGUUUACCAUCCCGCUGAGGGAGAACUGGGCACUGCCAUUCUUUGCAAUUCAGAUAGCAGCAGUUACCUAUUUCCUGAGACCAAACUUACAGCCUCUUUCUGAAAGGCGGACGCUUCUUGCCAUUUUCAUAUCAACUUUUCUCUUUAGUCUGACAUGGCAAUUUAAUCAAUUUAUGAUGCUGAUGCAAGCAUUAGUGCUGUUCAUACUGGACUCCUUGGACAUGCUGCCGGCAGUGAAGGCAACAUGGCUGUAUGGUAUACAGAUAGCAAGUUUACUCUUGGUCUGCAUUCUCCAGUUUUUUAAUUCCAUGAUUCUUGGAUCAUUGCUUAUCAGUUUUAACCUUUCGGUGUUAAUUGCAAGAAAACUUCAGAAAAACCUGAAAACUGGAAGCUUCCUUAAUAGGAUUGGGAAACUUUUGUUACAUUUAUUUAUAGUUUUAUGCUUAACACUUUUUCUCAACAACAUUAUUAAGAAAAUCCUUAAUCUGAGGUCAGAUGAACAUAUAUUUAAAUUUCUGAAGGCAAAAUUUGGGUUUGGAGCAACAAGGGAUUUCGAUGCAAAUCUGUAUCUGUGUGAAGAAGCCUUUGGCCUCCUGCCUUUGAAUACAUUCGAAAGGCUUUCCGAUACUCUGCUUUUUUAUGCCUACAUAUUUGUUCUGUCCAUCACGGUGAUUGCAGCAUUGAUUGUUGCCUUUCAUAAUCUCAGUGAUUCUACAAACCAGCAAUCCAUGGGUAAAACGGGAAAAUGCACAGUGGACCUGAAACCAGAAACUGCAUACAAUUUAAUCCAUACCAUUCUGUUUGGAUUCUUGGCAUUGAGUACAAUGAGAAUGAAGUACCUCUGGACGUCACACAUGUGUGUAUUCGCCUCCUUUGGCUUGUGCAGCCCCGAGAUAUGGGAGUUACUUUUAAAGUCAGUCCAUCUUUACAACCCAAAGAGGAUAUAUAUAAUGCGAUAUUCAGUACCGAUAUUAAUACUGCUGUAUCUGUGCUAUAAGUUCUGGCCAGGAAUGAUGGAUGAACUCUCCGAGUUGAGAGAAUUCUAUGACCCAGAUACAGUGGAGCUGAUGAACUGGAUUAAAUCUAACACCCCAAGAAAGGCUGUGUUUGCUGGAAGCAUGCAGUUGCUGGCCGGAGUGAAGCUGUGCACGGGACGGACCUUGACCAACCACCCGCACUACGAGGACAACAGCCUGAGAGAGCGGACCAGAGCGGUCUACCAGAUAUAUGCAAAGAGGUCCCCAGAGGAAGUGCACGCCCUCCUGAGGUCCUUCGGCACUGACUACGUAAUCCUGGAAGACAGCAUCUGCUAUGAGCGAAGGCACCACCGGGGCUGCCGGCUCCGGGACCUGCUGGAUGUCGCCAACGGACACACGAUGGACGGCCCAGGAGAGAACGAUCCCGACCUGAAACCCGCGGACCACCCUCGCUUCUGUGAGGAGAUCAAAAGGAACCUGCCCUCCUAUGUGGCCCACUUCACCCGAGUGUUCCAGAACAAGACCUUCCACGUCUACAAGCUGUCCAGAAAUAAGUAGCAGGUUUUGGUGCAGCGAGACCGCGUCGUAAUCAAACUCAGUAGGUGACGUGUCCUCUGUAAUAGGCUGCCGCACCUUAAAGCUGUGAUGCGUGAGUUCUGCAUAUGUUUACACGCGCGUCGCCACCUUUGAACGCUUCCUCUUCAGGCUGACGUCUCGUUUGUCCUUUCCAUGUAUGUGCUUCAGCGCUGUGUUCACAGCGUUCGGAGUGAGCAGGAGUCUUGUCUGCUUUUGUUUGUUUGUUUGUUUUGAGAAGAUAAUUGUGUGUUCUGUGGAUGGUCUGGACAGCCACGGAAAAAGACGGGAAAUGAGAGUGUGAUCAAGACCCGGGAUCCUUCACAUUUUCAGUUGACCAAGACUGCCACAGUGGUUGUGUGGCGCAGCGAGGACGCAGCAUUAAGUUAUUUAGUAGUAUCUCACUGGUGGCUUUUUUACAAAGCUCUUUAUUAUCCUGUUUCACCUUGAAAUUUUAUGAUGUUUUUCAGUCAUCAUGCUUUUAACAUUAAUUCCCACCCCCCAAAAAACCCCACAUCAUGCAAAGUCUUUGUAUAUAUCUUAAGCAUUUUGUCAUGCUGCGUCUAAGAUGUAAGGUAUAGCGUUCAGUAUUACCUGUCGUGUAUUAACUGUGUGUGUGUGUCUUUUAGUAAUGGGCACAGAAAACCAUUACAAGUUCAUGUUGUGAGUCCUUAAAGGGACAGAAAGGUAUGUAGUCAAGUGGAAUUUGUUACUGUUCAGUGUUACAUUUUAAAAAACCUGAUACUCUGUAAUCUUCUCCUGCAAGCAACUUUGCUUUCUUACUCAUUUCAAUUUACUAGGUUUGCAAAAUUUUGUAACCUUUUUGUGUUUUUAGCCUUUGUAUUUUUUACAGCCUAGACCCUUGCAAAGUCUGAAACUUUUUUAAAUGUUGUAUCUGAUUUUUGGCAGACAGCAUUUGCAUACCAAGCUUGCCGUGGUCUCCCGUCUUCACUGCGAGGGCCCUGGGGCCUUUCUUUUCCUUGCUAGAAGGUAACCAAGUGCCUCUAAGCCCUGCUCGUUUGUAAACAAUGAAGAGGAUCAUGUGAACCUGCUCAAAAUUUUUUGAUAAUUGCUUUUAUAACUCAUUUCUAAUGAUGGGGACAUGUAAAAGUUGCUGAUAAAAGCAUAGUGUCCAUUUAAUUAAGUCAAGAUGGCUAAUGAAAUUAACUUUCUCUCCUCCCCUUACCAGUGGGCAAUGAUUUAGACGUUUCUCCUCGCAGUUGUGUUGAAGUAAAUUACUAUAGGCGUCAAGACAGACCCGUCACGUGCUCGCACGAUUUUGUACGCAGUGACUGCUUACUAAUGAGCGUUCAGAAGAUUUUUACACUGUCACGUCAGAACCCAGGAUACUCAGUUUUUAAUCAAAACUCGUUUAAAAUAAAAAUUGACAGUAACUGGGUUAUUGAAUUAUGUAACUGAAACCGCCUAGGUUAUAUAUUUCCUGUAUCCCUUAAUAAGGUUGGAGACCACUGCAGUUUAGGAUAAUAAAAUAAUAAAACAUUUCAAUCAGCACUAAAACUUUAAUUAAGCCAGUAAUGAUGCGUGUCUGUUGGCUGACAGCACGGGUCGGUACAGCCUUCAGCGAGUGCCUGACUCUAUUUGAAACCACGCACAUGUAAGGUACAGUCAGUCAGAUGAUGUGGUUUUGAUUUUAAAAAUCCUCUGUUGCUUUUUGGGAUAUAUUUAAAUUUAUUUUAAAUAUGUAUUAGUCUAAGCAUUUGGGUAUAUGAAGGCUCCUUAUCCAAGGAACACCCACUGAAGUUUUUAUGCUUAUCAUCGCUGCAUUGAUGGCCUACAGUGAAUUUUUUUUUUUUUUUUUUUUACAGUUUAGGUGCCAGUGUUGCCAAAAAUAUUUAUUGUUCAGUUUUUAGUGAAAAAUACAAAGUGCCAAAAAAAAAUCUUUGCAAGCCAGAGUCCAUACAUCAACUCUUCCCAAGACACUGUGACCAUGUACAGUAGAAGUUUCUAUUUCCUGAUGACCAAAUCCCUCAGUGGAUUCGUGCACUCAUCAGUAUUUUCUUCCAUGACCUUCUCCUUGGAGUAUGCAGGCAGAGAGAGAGAGGACGAGCGCCUGACACCUGGCUCUGGUGUCCGGCCCACCCAGCCAAAGCAAGAGACUUGUGGCUUAAGCUCCCCACCACACAGGCCUUAGUGGCUGUCUUAACAUUUGGUAGUAACCUCAAGCAUGGCUCUGGUUUUUAUCAAUAGGAAAACCACUUGAUUUUUGCUUCUCAGCAGUCAAAAGAACCUCUCAGUCCAACAGAAGUGCUCUUACUGGACUCCUCAGAGCCCUGCAGCCUCCACCCUCUAGGAGCUGCCUGCCCUGCACAGCCGGCGGCUGCACCUGGCACCUGUGCUCCCACCCCCACCAAGCUUCUCUGUGCAGGUUCUACUUAUGUUGUAAGUACACAUCUCAGUUAACCAUUUAUGGAAACUUAGGGAAUAUGAUUUUAAAAAGAACAUUAUUUCUGUAAAAAUUAACUUGAAUGCUUUGAGAAACUAAUAAAAAUUACUUUGAAAUGAGGAGUGAUUGAGAAAAUUGUAAAAUACUAGGGAGAAAAGAAGUCAAGAAGAUUUUUGAGUUGUGCUUCACGGAUUUAUCUAAGUACUCAUUCCAUCUUUAAGAAAAAUCUAAGCCAGUGGGAAGGUGUUAGAAGGUACGCAAAUCACGUCACUGGUGUCACACAGAAGUAGAACGGUGAUCAUUGCGUCCUGAGGCAGAUAGUCCUUGGCUUCAGGUCGGAAGUUAGCAGAUGGACGUAGAGUUAUACAUUUCAGGUGACAUGUCCCUCCCUUAGCCCACUUAACUUCAUUAAAUGACCCACUACUGACACUGAUCACAGUGGCUAAUAGAGAUCCCGCGAGCUGAAGCAGCCCAGUCACUGUAUUCCAGCCUUUGGAAGGAGAGAUUCAUUUCCGGGAACGGAGGAGGACACUAUCGAGGCCAGUUGUGGUCUCUGAAGACGAUUCUCCUGCCGUGUGAAUCCGGCCUGGCCUGUGUCUGCGUGUGCGUGUGCGUGUGGGUGGCUGUUGCCAGGUGACAGGGCACGUGUAGAUAUUACAUCCAGUCUGCAUUUUUACUUCACUGUUAACUAAAAAAAAGUUUAUUUUCACUCCACAAUAACUUUCUCUAAGUUGUAAAAGUUUUAGCUCAUCUUUGGCCAGAAUCUACCUGAAUUAACAGAGAUAUUUAAUUUUAAAACUUUGGAAUUACUAGGAUAUAUAAAAUCUCAGAUUAUACAUCUUGCUUUAUCCAUGAUAACUUUUUGGCCUAGGAGAGAGUGCUUGUCUAAGAACAAAGCUUUGAAGAUGAGAGAGACUUUCUUGUUGGAAUUGAUUUUUCUGUUUUUAACAUCCUAGGGUUGAAAUCUUACAAAGAGCUUUUAUAACUUGUUGUACUGAAUUGUAUGGAGAUUAUAUACUAAAUAAAGCUCUUUUAAAUUCCACAA